AUGGUGAGAGACAAAAUGCAGGCUUCUCAAAGUAGUCAGAAGGCCUAUGCGGACCGCAGGAGGAGACCCUUGGAGUUCGCGACAGGAGACCAUGUGUUAUUGAGGGUUACCCAAACCACUGGUGUGGGAAGGGCUCUACGCUCAAGGAAGCUCUCCCCUAAGUUUCUUGGCCCUUACCAGAUAUCAAGGAGGAUUGGGCCAGUGACUUAUGAGAUUGCUUUGCCUCCUCAGUUGGCGAAUCUCCACCCGGUGUUCCACGUCUCACAACUGAGGAAGUAUGUGUUUGAUCCGUCUCAUGUGUUGGAGGCCGAUGAUGUACAGAUCAGGGAGGAUCUUACUAUGGAAGUACCGCCAAUUACUUUAGAGGAUAGCAAAGUUGAGAAGCGCCAAGGAAAAUCUGUGCGUCUAGUCAAAGUCAUCUGGGAUCGGAGGACAGAUGACUCUACGUGGGAGUUAGAAGAGGACAUGAAUGAGAACGAACUGGAUAUUGCUUGGAAUUUGCAUGUUGCCACUAUUACUCGAAGCAGGAGUGGUGAAAUGCUAUUUUCACUCAAGCGAAUUCAUCUUGCCCAGGCGAGAGUAGCAGGGCCUCGCCUAGGCGAGUAA